CCCAAGAGUGUCACCAACAAACUCAUAAACAAAACACACACACACACACACAGCUUCUUGGUGGGUUUGUGUGAGUGUGAGUGUGCUACAGAGAGAUUCAGAUAUGGAGGAGCAAAAUGGUAUGGGGAAGUUGUUGAAAAAGUUGAAGCCAUAUCUUGCGAUGGUUUCGCUUCAGUUUGGGUACUCUGGGAUGUAUGUCAUCACCAUGGUUUCUUUCAAACAUGGAAUGAGUCAUUGGGUUCUCUCUGUAUACCGUCAUGUUAUUGCCACACUCAUCAUGCUUCCCUUUGCUUUUUUCCUUGAAAGGAAAAUAAGGCCAAAGAUGACUCUGCCAAUCUUCCUGAGGUUAGCUGCGCUUGGUUUCCUUGAGCCAGUUCUUGACCAAAAUUUGUACAACAUGGGUAUGAAGAGCACCUCAACAACGUUUGCAUCGGCCAUUGUUAAUGUCCUCCCAGCCAUUACUUUUGUUAUGGCUCUCAUUUUCAGGUUAGAGACAGUGAAUUUGAGAAAGAUUCACAGCGUAGCGAAGGUAAUUGGAACAAUAGUGACAGUGUCAGGAGCCAUGAUCAUGACCCUGUACAAAGGACCAGCACUUGAGUUCAUAAAGGGACAUGGAGGAGGAGACAUCCACCAUGAUAGUCGUAGCGGUUCAAGAACUGAGCCUUCUGAACAAAACUGGGUGAUUGGCACACUCAUGCUCAUUGCAAGUUGUGGUGGUUGGGCUAGCUUCUUUAUCUUGCAAUCUUUGACUUUGAAGAUGUACCCAGCAGAGCUUUCACUCACAUCUUGGAUAUGCUUUUUGGGUAUUUUUGAGGGUGCAAUUGCAACCUUUAUCUUUGAACGUGAUAUGAGUGUUUGGUCCAUUGGCUGGGACUCAAGGCUUCUAGCUUGUGUUUAUUCUGGAGUGGUGUGUUCUGGAAUUGCAUAUUAUGUACAAGGAGUUGUGACCAGGGAACGUGGACCAGUUUUUGUGACUUCUUUCAGUCCUCUAAUUAUGAUUAUCACUGCUGCAUUGGGUACCAUUGUCUUGGCUGAGCAAAUUCAUCUUGGAAGCGUAAUUGGAGCUAUUGUAAUUGUUUGUGGGCUAUACACUGUGGUAUGGGGAAAAAGCAAAGACAAUGUGAAUAAUACAGAAGCAGUGAAAGUUGAGGGCCAAGAAUUGCCAAUAAGGGAUAGCACAAAAUCAGGAUCAAACAUUUUUGAAAACAUUGAUGUUAAUGUUCCUAGUGAGAUCAUGGAUAGAGCAGGGAAGAAUGGGCGAAUUUGAAACAAAAAUGAAAGAUCCUAAUAGGCACUUUCACUAGUGCCAUAAAAUUUUCCUACUGAAAAAAUCAGGUCGAGAAAGAUUUUGUCCUGUGUAGAAAAAAUCUUUCCCAGUACCUAUAUUAAUGGCUGUAGUCUUAUUUAUUUCUUACUCGUUUUUCUUUUAAUCUUUUUGGAUGAAUUUGCAGUCAGAAGAGUAUCGGUAAUAUAAUAAUGCAAAUUAAAGUUA